UUUGCUCCGAGCGCCCUAUUUAAUCCCAGCGACUGCAGCAGCGCCGGCUCCCUCCCGGUCCCCACCUCGGCCCCGGGCUCCUAAGCGGCUCGGGGGCGCCCUUUCGGUCAACGUCGUAGUCUACCCCCUCCCCAGCCCCAGCCCCCGGGGACGAAGGCUCGCCAGCGCCCAGCCAGGGAGCCGGCCGGGAAGCGCGAUGGGGGCCCCAGCCGCCCAGCUCCUGCUCCUGCUGUUCGCCUGCUGCUGGGCGCCCGGAGGGGCCAACCUCUCCCAGGACGGCUACUGGCAGGAGCAGGAUUUGGAGCUGGGAACUCUGGCUCCGCUCGACGAAGCCAUCAGCUCCACAGUCUGGAGCAGCCCUGACAUGCUGGCCAGUCAAGACAGUCAGCCCUGGACAUCUGAUGAAACAGUGGUGGCUGGUGGCACCGUGGUGCUCAAGUGCCAAGUGAAAGAUCAUGAGGACUCAUCCCUGCAGUGGUCUAACCCUGCCCAGCAGACUCUCUACUUUGGGGAGAAGAGAGCCCUUCGAGAUAAUCGGAUUCAGCUGGUGAGCUCUACUCCCCACGAGCUCAGCAUCAGCAUCAGCAACGUGGCCCUGGCAGAUGAGGGCGAGUACACCUGCUCCAUCUUCACGAUGCCUGUGCGAACCGCCAAGUCCCUCGUCACUGUGCUCGGAAUUCCACAGAAGCCCAUAAUCUCUGGUUACAAAUCAUCAUUACGGGAAAAGGAGACAACCACCCUAAACUGUCAGUCUUCUGGGAGCAAACCUGCAGCCCAGCUCACCUGGAGGAAGGGUGACCAGGAACUUCAUGGAGAACCAACCCGGAUACGAGAAGAUCCCAAUGGUAAAACCUUCACUGUGAGCAGCUCAGUGACAUUCCAGGUGACCCGGGAGGACGAUGGGGCGGUCAUCGUGUGCUCUGUGAACCAUGAAUCUCUAAAGGGAGCUGACAGAUCCACUUCUCAACGCAUUGAAGUUUUAUACACACCGACUGCGAUGAUCAGGCCGGACCCUCCACAUCCCCGCGAAGGCCAGAAGCUGUUGCUACACUGUGAGGGUCGUGGCAAUCCAGUCCCCCAGCAGUACCUAUGGGAGAAGGAGGGCAGCGUGCCGCCCCUGAAGAUAACCCAGGAGAGUGCCCUGAUCUUCCCCUUCCUCAACAAGAGUGACAGUGGCACCUACGGCUGCACGGCCAUCAGCAACAUGGGCAGCUACAAGGCCUACUACACUCUCAAUGUCAACGACCCCAGCCCGGUGCCCUCCUCCUCCAGCACCUACCAUGCCAUCAUCGGGGGGAUCGUGGCUUUCAUCGUCUUCCUGCUACUCAUCCUGCUCAUCUUCCUCGGCCACUACUUGAUCCGGCACAAAGGAACCUACCUGACACAUGAGGCGAAAGGCUCGGAUGAUGCCCCAGACGCGGACACCGCCAUCAUCAACGCAGAAGGCGGGCAGUCAGGCGGGGAUGACAAGAAGGAAUACUUCAUCUAGGGGCGCCCGCCCACCUCCAGCGCCCUUCAGGGGCCCCAUGGGGACUGCUGGGGCCACCACCAACCCGGACUUGUACAGAGCGACCCCAGGGCCGCCCCUCCCGCUUGCUCCCCAGCCCACCCACCCCCCUGUACAGAAUGUCUGCUUUGGGUGCGGUUUUGUACUCGGUUUGGAAUGGGGAGGGAGGAGGGCGGGGGGGAGGGGUGGGUUGCCCUCAGCCCUUUCCGUGGCUUCUCUGCGUUUGGGUUAUUAUUAUUAUUAUUAUUUUUGUAACAAUCCCAAAUCAAAUCUGUCUCCAAGCUGGAGAGGUGGGGCCCUGGGAUGAGGAAAGCAAAAAAAAACCUGGAGUGUUAGGAAGAGAAUGAUGGUGGAGGGGUAGGGAAAGGGUAAGGCUGCUUGGAGGUGGGGGCUCUCACCAGCCCUCCCUCCGUCCUCUACAAUACAGCAGCUUCCCAGGCUUCUCCAGGAACCCAGGAGCAGGAGAGUUGGGAGCAAGGGCUGGGGGUGGCUUUCCCUCUGCUAGGGAAAGCCAGGAGCUAUGGACAGGGAGGUGGGUGCCACCCUGACACCCCUUUUCCAUUGCAAUGGGAAAAGGGUGAAUGGGGGAGUCCCCAAGGAGACGGGACCUGCAGCAGACAUGCAGCCACACAGGGACCCAGGGCUUAAACCUGGGGAAGACACAGGUCCCUGAAAGGAAGGGUAGAUUUAGAGAGGAAGGAUGGCAGAGAUGGACCACUGCCCCCAUUGCCCCCAAAAUGAAUGAAGCCAGGCCCUUUCCAGGGGAACCGCCCUUGGGGGGUAGCGGUGCACGGCUGCCCCCCCCCUUGCUCCAGCAGCUGUGGGAGAGGCGCUGCUUUGGGGCCUGAACUGUGUCUGCUGCCCCCUUGGAGGGGCCCCUCACUCUUACCCAAGACCCCGACGGUUGCACGGCAACCACUCCUCCAUGGCAUUGCUCAGCAACUGCUCCUCCCAUCUUGGCUGCCCUGUGCUCCUUCCUGGUCCCUACGCCAGCCCUUAUUCCUUCCUCCCUCAGCAGCCAGGCAGACAUAACAACAAAAAUACUAAAAGGAGCUUCAGUGCACUGAGCUGUUUCCUGCCCAAACUAAGGGAAUAAUGUGAACUCUGUGCGUGUGCAUGCAUGUGUGUGCCUGUGGGUGUGUGUGUGCGUGUGUGUGUGCCUGUGUGAGUGGGUGAGUGAGAGGCGGUGGGGGGCGGGGGGGGAUUGACGAGGAGGGCCAAAGGCCAGGGGUCCCGGGCAGGUGGCAGGGCUGUGGGACGUGUGGAGGACUCCUGGCCGGCAUUUGUACCUCACCCGGGAGGGUGCUCCGUCCUGGGAUUGUCUGUGCCUCCCCCAAUGCCCAUCAGUCUUGGAGAAAGGAGUCCCAUGAUGUGUGUUUGCCCAGCUGUCCAUUCUGUCUCUCCCUGGAACACAGAGAUUCAGCCCCUCCCUGGCUUCCCUUCCUCCGAGCCGUGGAGUCAGUGCCACAGCCUUUGCUAUGCACCCUUCAGGCCUCUCCGUGGCACUGACCCUGCAAUGACCUGCCGUCACUUCUUUUUCCCAUAGCCUGUACUCAGUGAGUUGAGGCUGUGUCCCCGCUUUUGCUUUUGCUCUCCUGUCUUCCUUCCAUGGCCCCCAGCUGGUUGCCGUGGAGAUGAGGUUGCUAGCCCUCUCUGUCCUGGCCGGACUGCCCCACCUCAGACCCAGGGUGCCCCUGGCAUCACUCUCACCCUCCGCCAGCAUGUCCUCCCUGCUCUGACAACGGGCGUGCAUAACGGGGGCAGCUGCAACGCAGCAGGUCUGCCCACCCCUUCAGUUCAGGUAAUGCCGUUGUGAAUCUUCCAGCCGCUGGUUGGGCCCUGGGCACCACAGGCAGCCCCUCACCUAAGCCAGGGCCCCCUCCUCUUACAGCAGCAAGGGAGCCUGGGGCCCCAGGCCUGUCGGGCUCCUUGUCUCCCAGCACCCGCUUUUGGGAAAUGACUUUUCCUCUUCGAGCUGAACCACUCUGUCCAUAUUACACAGAAGCCAUAUUUGUACGGGGGGCGGGGGGAAGAGGUGCCGUUGUGCUGUGUGUGUCUGUCCGGGGUGGGGGGGCGGGGGAAGGGAGCAGGGAGGGGAUCGUGUAUCUUUAUAAUCUUUCUAACUCUCCUGUGCUAAUCUCAGAGGGGCCACCCUCAAUAUAUCUGGAUUAUCCGUGUCAUUCGGCUGCCUCCUUUCUGCUGCUCUCGCUGCUGCUGGGAUGCAUGUAUAUAAGGGCUAUUUUUUGGUAUCCCUCGUACCUGUUCCUGGUACUGCAAGGGGUGGUGUGUCCCUUGCCAGGCCACUCUCCCAAGAGCAUCUAUGCAUGGAAACAGUAUAACUUUCCAAGGGA